GUGAAGGAGCGGCCUGGGAGUGUUCCGAUCUCACGUCAGUCGGCGUGACCGACACUGGAUUCGCUCUAUGAUCACUUAACGUCGCCUCGGCCGCCAACAUUUACCUCAAACGUCCGCCCGACGUAACGAAGAGUAUAGCCGUCAUUUGUUACAUUUCGUCGUGGCGACGUAUUGCUCCACGAUGGCUCUUCUGUACGAAUACGUGACGCAGGAGCAACUCGCAGGCUUCGACAAAUACAAGUACAGUGCAGUGGACUCCAAUCCGUUGUCUGUCUACAUCAUGCACCCUUUCUGGAACUUUUUGGUGAAGUUUCUUCCAAAGUGGUUGGCCCCAAAUCUCAUCACAUUCACCGGCUUCAUGUUCCUGGUGGUCAACUUCCUCAUGCUGGCCUUCUAUGACUUUGACUUCAACGCCUCAGCUGCUGGGCAUGAUCAUGUGCCUAGUUGGGUUUGGGUGACGGCGGGGGUUUUCAACUUUCUGGCCUACACGCUAGAUGGUGUGGACGGCAAGCAGGCACGCCGCACCAACUCCUCCACACCACUCGGGGAGCUCUUUGACCACGGGCUCGACAGCUGGGCCUGCAUCUUUUUCGUAGCCACCGUCUACUCCAUUUUUGGGCGUGGCCCCAGCGGCGUGGGCGUGGUCACGCUUUACUACAUUCUUUGGGUGGUGCUGUUCUCCUUCAUCCUCUCGCACUGGGAGAAAUACAACACGGGCGUGCUCUUCCUACCUUGGGGCUAUGAUGUCAGCCAAGUGACCAUCUCUCUGGUCUACGUGGUGACGGCAGUUGUCGGAGUGGACUCUUGGUACCAACCCGUCCUGUUCCAUUUCCUCUAUAGAGACCUCUUCACCUUUAUGAUUGUUGCCUGUUCCUUCCUUGUGACGUUACCCAUGAGCCUCUACAACGUCCUCAAGGCGUACCGCAGCAACUCGCUGAAGCACAGCAGUUUGUAUGAGGCCUUCCUGCCAUUUCUGUCGCCCGUGAUCCUCUUCGUCCUAUCCACUAUUUGGGUGCUCUUUUCACCGUCCGACAUCCUGGAACUUCAGCCCAGGCUCUACUACCUCAUGGUGGGCACGGCCUUCGCCAACGUAACGUGCAAGCUGAUCGUGUGUCAAAUGAGUAGCACGCGUUGUCAGCCGCUGAGCUGGCUGCUACUGCCGAUGGCAGGCGUGGUGGUGCUAGCCGUGUCAGGUCUGGCGCCUGACGAGACGCUGCUGCUGUACCUGUGGACGGCUGCCGUCUUACUAGCGCACAUACACUACGGCGUGUCAGUGGUCCAACAACUCAGCCACCAUUUUGGCAUCCGGGCCUUCUCACUAAAGAAACCCAACAUUGAUUGACAGGAGGAGGAACGAAUCGGCUUGACAGGAGCAGAGGUCUAGACUCCCUCCAGCGACACGUCACUCUCGUCACCGCGGCAUCCGUAUAUACUCUACAUCCAGUGGGGUACGCCCAAAAUACACAUGCACACAAAGCCACCCUAACCAACUCUUUAAAUGUGAUUGGGGCGCUCAAGGGGCUCCAUCUUACCUCAUUGGCGGAUUAGUACACUGUGUCGAGCCAAUGAGGAGCAAGUGUUUCCUACGGAAAUGUGUUCCAUUUAAGGGUGUGGAAGCCGCUACACAAACACACAUAAGUCACAGACACAGCUUCACAAUGUCUGCUUUCAGGCAGGCACACAUUAUUACAGUAUUAUGAAUGUAUAAUAAUAUUAACAAGCCUUGAUGAAAAAGCCACGCUGUCAUGGGAUUCUCAGAAGACACAGGUUUUUCAUUUACCUCUUAAUUAAUUAUUUUUGCAUUCUUAAUAUUGUUUGUAAGCGGACCUGACUUCUGGAUAAGGCGGUUAAGAUUCAAACCGUUUUGUGCCGACGGUGAUCGGACGCGGGUGAUAUACGGGGAAGCGCCGUGUCCUUCACGCCGAUUCGUUCUUCUUUUCGUCAUUUUCGUCGCGGCGAUGGCGGCCGCUUGAAUGAAGAGUGCGUCCCAAAAGCCGUGUGACGGAAAGGACUCAUUCUGAAGGGAGCGAGCACACGCCGCCCAAAUGCUUUUUUUUUUUUUUUUUUAAUCAUUUAAAACAAACCGUUUUAAAAAAUAAUAUCGGUGUCGUAAGCAAGCGAUUGCACGCCGCCGCCUGAUCGUGGCGAUAUCUGCAGAUUGGCUAGUAAUGUCUGGCAAGUGUCGAGGAAAACCUGCAUGCAUUUCAAGCACAUCAAGGAAGCUCAAGUGGAUGUUUGUCAAUUAUAUGUGUGUCUGUCGUAUAUUAUUUCUUACACUGAUUAACAAGGAAUGAUGCACAUUGUUAGUCUCCCGUAAUCUGAGUGUGGAUGUUUGUAUGUUGGGCUUCUCGAGUGAAGGAAAAAGAAACUGACAAAUUUAUGUAGUAAAGUUUUGUCAUAAGCAAGUGUGAUCAGUACAUGGCUGAUUUGUGUGGUGCUAUUCACACUCCAUAAUAAGAAAAUGUCCAUGGUAGUGAUUUUUGUUUUUUUAUUAACUGUGUUGGACACACCACUAUUAUUUGUGUGUUUGUUUUUUAUUAAAAUAUGAACAAAUGAAUAUGUCUGCAGUGCUUUAUACUCCUGGAAGUAUCUGAAUAAAUGCUACUCAAACUGAAA